AUGGCGGCGCCUUUCUACCAAAGCUCUGGGACCGCAGUCGCGUACGACAGACGAUCACUUGUCUAUCAGGUAACACAGGACUUCCAUCCCCUCUGGGAACUCGGAAGCGUCGAGGACUUCGAGCAAUGCUACAUUGACCUCUUGGACACGCAUUUCCGUGCCUACGAUCAUGCCUGCGUACUGCAUCGGGACAUCAGCGAGCACAAUGCGAUGUCGCGACGCGGAAGCGAUGGAAAGGCCAUUGGUUUCCUAAACGACUGGGACCUCGGCUGUUUCGUCGACGCAGACGGUAUCGGCACAGGUUCAACAUCCCAGCACCAUACUGGGACUACACCCUUCAUGGCGAUCGAUCUACAGCGCGCGGCGGACGGAACCUGCGUUGCAGCAGAGCACCGCUAUUGCCACGAUCUCGAAUCCUUCUUCUGGCUACUCUUAUGGGCAGUGCUGCACUUCGACCUCGAAAACAAGAGCCGCCUCAGCUGCACAUAUGAGCAGUGGACCGGGGAUUGGGCUGGGUCAAACUCCUUCAAGUGGAACAUCCUGUCUAAACCAGGUAUGCUGGCUGGAGUGUUGAAGAAUGCGUUGGAUAUGUGGAAGGGCACUGUGAAGCGCUGGGUUAUUCCCCUUGCUCGUAUGAUCUGCGAUGCGCGAGAGCGAUCGACGCGAUGGGACGACGACGCUGGCAGGGCCUUUGAUGACAACAUUUACGCAAAGGAGAUGAAUUUCGACCUCUUCAUGCGUACGAUCAAGCAGAUGCCCAGAGAGGGGGCACACGAGAAGGACGCUUAG